AAUGUCUAAUUAUUAGAUUAAAGGUAGCAAUUACUGCUACUUAAAGUUUUAUGACGUUUUUAUUUUUAAGUAAGGUAAAAAUACGUUUUCAUCAGUAUUUAUCACAACAGAAUGAACCAAAUUUAUUAUGAAUUGUGUUUUUUUAAGUGUUUUAUAUUAGUAAACUUUUUGGACUCUAGAAAAUUAAUAAUAAACAAUCAAUAACUUCUGUCCAAAACAUCGUUGUUCAGAUUGUGAAUGGUCUUGGAUGACUGGCUCACUGCUGCGCAUCAAAAGCUUUUAAAGUUCAUCGAAAAACUCCAAACAUCAUGAUAAAGAAACAGCUCCAGAGGAGUAAACAUAAUCAUGUCUUUCUGUGGACAGGAACAACGUUUCUAAACACAAAUUGUGUCACUCAAUAUUUCAUUUGCAGACAAAGAUUUAGCAGUAAAAUCAAACACCUGCAAUCAGACGUUUUUGGUGUUUGUAGACACGUUCUUCUUCUUUUGUGCUUUUAUUCAAGACUAAUCAGUACCGUUGCAUAAAAGAUGUUUUGUUUUUGAUGGAGAAAAAAAUCAUUAAAAGAUCUUGAUGUUUUUUUUAAAAAGGUGGAAAGGAGGCUUUGUUCACGAUCAGACGGCAGUGUGCUGUUAAAAACAUUUCACCGCAGACAGAAACAACACCAAAGAGAGUCAGAAAUCUGAAGCAUGGCAGCACUGAUCUCAUUUUCUUGCUAUUAAAAAAGAAGCUGUGUCCUCUCCCCCCUUCUGUCCUGGCAGCUUGUGUAACCUUUAAGGAAUGCAGAAGAUGCUGCCAGAAUUAUUUUGGGCUGUGAUUCAGAUGUUAAAAUAGCAAAAAAGGUUGCAGGGUAGAUUACCGAGGAGAACGCAGACAGUUGUGCUGUCGACCUAGAUGUAGCUCCUGAAUUGAGAGACGAUGAAAAGCAGCAAUUUCAGCCAAGACAAGCGUCUGCAAACACAUUUACUGCAGAUAUGACGAAGCACAUCUAAAAGGCUGAAAAGGAAAGCGUAAGUCAUAACCACCGAGAAGAAGGCCUGAGGAGAAGCAGAAGUGGAGCAUCCAGACAUGCCCAGAGGUCUCAGCUGCCUGGCGAGCCCUGAGGUGCAAGAGGCCAAAUAUGAGACCCCCUCACUGUCAGAGCUGCACAGACUGAUGUGGACAAAGAAAGGGACCAACAACCACAUGGAUGAGGUUCAUCCUAGGAUUUAUAUUGGCAACAUGUACGCAGCCAAAGACAAAAGGACACUCCAGGCUCACAACAUUACUCAUGUGCUCAAUGCAGCUGACGGGAAAUUCAACGUAAACACAGGGCCUAGCUUCUAUAGAGACACCAGCAUUACUUACCACGGAGUGGAAGCUUUUGACAUGCCAUCGUUUGACUUGAGUCCCUUCUUUUACCCGGCAGCCAAUUUCAUCAAGAAGGCUCUGAGCUCGCCAACAGGUAACGUGUUUGUCCAUUGUGCCAUGGGGCUCAGCCGUUCAUCCACUCUGGUUCUGGCCUACCUGAUGAUCCAUGAGAACAUGACCCUGGCAGACGCCAUUACGACAGUCAGCGCCAACAGGAACGUUUCACCUAAUGAGGGGUUUUUGGAGCAGCUCAGGCGGUUGGACAGGAAGCUGCACUGCCAUUAAGCAGCUGGUGCAUCAGUGCUGCUCAAAUCUUGUAACAAUGAAGAUGUCAAUGGAAAAUCUCUUUAUUGUCCUUUUGAUACAUAUUUUUGUUUAAAGAUUAAAGGAAAUGCUUUAAAUAAAAAAAACUUUAUAAAAUCUGAUUUCUUUAAAGAAAUGUUUUCAAGAUCGAUACCAGGACUGGAGAACAGCAAGAGAACAACUGAAGGGCUUUUGAUUGGAGUCGAGUCAGCAGAUCCAGAUGCAGGUCGGCAGUCAGGAGACUUGAAGCAUCGGGUUGAAUCAUAUAUUGUUUUGUUUGGAAUAGCUUUGUAUCGUUAUCCAGUGUUGUAUCCUCUUCAGAAGAUGAGUUUAUCACCUUUUUAUUACUCCAGUCAGUGUUCUUUGUUUAGGUUUAUUUAUUAUUUAUUUCAGUUCAUCUUGCAUCGUUACUCAUCGUCUCCUUUACCUAUGCUUCAGCUCAUCUCACACCAGCUCACUAAUCAUCCUCUCCACUACAACCAGUUUCUGCUCACCCAUUGUCACGGUUUGAUUCUCAUUAAAGUUUUGAUUUCUUCCACAA